AAGCUUCGCUCUAGUGCGUUGCGCCUGAUCAGACUCUAAGACAUUCUCCGCCCGGCGGACGCGGCUUGCACUGCGUGAGAUCCGGAAUACCGAGAUAUUAACUUAUCCUCGACCAAUUCGACAACUAACCCCAUCCGGACUCAAUCUUUCACCACCAAAAUGCUGUCAACACACAACUCAACCUCGAGCAUCCAACGACGACGUCAACUCCACAGAAGACAGAACUCGCUCGAGGUCCCGAUGAUCAACACACACAUGUCUGCCUCGUCAAGACAACGUCCCAAUGGCCACCGUCGCGGACUGAGUAUCGACCAGGGCAUGACUCUCCUAUCACGACAGGAGGUAAGUAUGCCAACUAACCAACAACGACCAUCAUCACAGCAUUCAGUGCAAGAAACGCAGCAGCACAGACCUUACCAGCCGGGACUCUAUCCCAUGGACCCUAACCAACAGCACUUCUUCAGACCAGCCUUCAUGGAACAGGAUAUUGCUUCGGCAGAGCAAGCAAAGCAAGCCAUCCUGAACCUUGAACAACAUAUCCAGACCGUUUACCGCACAUACGGAUAUGUUCCUCAGACACCGAUUACUCAAUCGCAACCUCAAAUGCCCACCACACCAAUCAUUGUCGCAACGCGUCCAACUACUCCUUGCUCAAAUUACCAGCAAUCCAUGUCUGGCCACUCGGAGGGGCCUCUUCUCGACGUCUCGCCCAUGCCAAACUCAGUCGCUGUGUCACCCAUGCACCAAGCCAUGUCACCCAUGCCAGUACAAUACGCCAACGUUCCCGUUGUCCAAGUCCAGGAGCCUUUCCAAGACAACCAGUCUUGUUACCAGGAGUCUUUCGCUGGCGAUUACGCGUGUACACCCUCAUACACCUCAUCCCUGGCUGACCCCAGCUCUCCUAUGCGCUCUCCUAUGGACGGCAAAUUCAACCCUCUACCUACUGUCUACGAAGCUCUUUCGCCUGCUCCCAGUCAUGCCACUUACGCUCACGAUUCUAUGAUGCUUUCUGGCGAAGCCACUCCCAACAUGAGCUAUUACACAGAUUCCCCUCACAGAUCCGCCAUGUCUCCUCGCGAGGCCAUGCUGCAGACUCUCGACAUCGACGCUAGCAUUGAAGACACUGGCAUCUCACCUCAGGAUGUCCAACGUUUCAUCAGCCCUCAGGAUCACUGCGAUGGCAAGUGGACCUGUCUGUUUGAUGGAUGCAACAAGAAGUUCGGCCGCAAGGAGAACAUCCGUGCCCACGUCCAAACCCAUCUCGGCGAUCGCCAAUUCAAGUGCAAUCACUGCGGCAAGUGCUUCGUUAGACAGCAUGACCUCAAGCGUCACGCAAAGAUUCACAGUGGCGACAAGCCUCACAAGUGCCCUUGCGGCAACGGCUUUGCCAGACAAGAUGCCCUGACUCGCCACCGUCAACGCGGAGUCUGCGACGGCGCUCUCCCUGGUUACGAGCGUUCUCAAGCUAGACGCGGUCGCCCACGCAAGAACCCCUACGACAUCUCGGAGCGUCUCGAGAAGGCCGCUCACCAGAGAGAGAUGAACGCACGCAGAAACUCAGAAUUCACCUACGCAAGCUCUUCUGCAAGCGAGGCCAGCUACCCCAACACUCCUGCAGCCAAUGUCGGUGAUGACUACGAUGACGAGGACUUUGCCAACUACCAACAAGAGGGCAAGUACGCCGAGGAGAUCUCGCGCUACACUCCUCCUACCUCACCUUUCUCCACUGGAAACGUCUCGCCCAAGAAGGAGUACAAGUAUACCAUUGACCUCAGCGCAUUGCCCACCGCAGACGUCAAGGUCCUCCCUUCAUCACCACCCCAGCUUCCUCACAGCCCUCCCCCAAGCUCUCAAUGCCCCAGUGCACCUUUCGGCUCCAGCGACAACACAUUCAACUUCAACACCGUCGACUGCAAACCCAUCAUCAUCGAGGAAGACGAGUGCCUGUCACCCGCAGCCACCUCAUCAACCCACAGCGUCGAUGAGAAGGAUGACUUUUCUCCAAACGCCACCCACGAUGUCGAAAGUGCAUUCAUGGGCUCCGAGGACAUGCUCGAGUUCAACCCAAGCAUGUACGGCGGCCCUGGCGAUGCCCUCUUCAAUGCCAGCCUGGAUGCUUGGCUUGAAAGCCAUUGACCAACCUGACCAACGAAAUGAUCAUGAAUGGCGGUCAACACUACACUUGUGGAUGAAAACAUGGAAAGAAGACUUAUCACGUACAUGAAUUUUGACGAACACACACACACAGCAUUUGGAU